AUGUCACACCGUUACGCUUGGACAAGCCGUUACAUACACAUUCUUUUCAUUUCUAAUCAACUUCUGUGCAGUCGCUGUUUGGCGAAACAUUUCGCUCAUCGAAAGUUUGCUUCAACAAUUCUAAUCGAAAAAAACAAGGACAAGAACAACAACAAGCACUGUCAAUCAUACCCGUUCGUCAACACGCAAACCCUCAGUUUGGUGGAUGUUUCUAUACAUUCCGGACGUAGAAUGAUGAAUUUUGAAGAAUUUCGUCGAACGGGUGAAUUCUCCGAUAUCACUGUUAUUGUUGACAAAACUGAAUUUAAACUUCAUACGUUUCCGCUGUUUACGAAAAGUGAUUAUUUCAAGAGAGCUCUCGCAUCGUCAUCACCGCCUUAUGUUAUUCAACUCGAUCAGCAAUUUCCAGGUGGUGCAAAUGUUUUCAAUCUACUAGCAGAUUAUCUUUAUUCAAUUCCGAUCACGAUUGAUCAUACAAAUAUCGUUCCACUACGAGCUGCUGCGUGUUUUAUCGAAUGUGAAGCAUUGAACUCGCUGUCCGAUAAACGCCUAGAUGAAAUCUUGAUUCUUGCACAAGUUAAAUACGAUUUGUCCGUUCCAUUAGCAUUACUCGAGCAAUGCAAAGGCGAAUAUCAACAAUGGGCGACAAAAGCGAAUAUUGUCGAGAAAUGCCUUCGAUGUGUCAUGGAAUUAUUCGUACGCGGGGUGGGUUUACAACUAAACAAGUCCGAUCAAGAAAGUCUCGUUCGUUUACCAUUGGAAUGGCUCAUUCAGUGGAUUAAAUUAUAUCCAAAAGAAAGUAAACAUUCGAUUCUUCCGUUUGUUAAACAUUACGUUACUACAUGUGCUUUACACGAAGAAGAAAACCAAACGAAGAAUGAUGGUAGCGAUGAGAAACGGACUGUAAUCGAUGAAAUUGUGAAAACGUUAGGUGAGACUAUCGAAAAUUAUCCAUUAGGAUGGCUCAAUUCAGUAUAUGAAAAGGCCGUAGAACUCAAAUGUGAAUGCGAACCGAUUCUAUCAGCGCAUAUCACUCAAGCUAUUCUCAAAUCAACAAAACUUCACGACGGAAUCGAAACUAUUCCUGAUGACGUAAUGACCAGAUUAGUUGAACGCGUUAAUAAACACAAAGAAGAUCAUGUGAAGGAUCCGCAACUUCUUGCCAAACUAUCAGCACUUCUCGAUUCGUAUGUAGCUCAUCUCCGUCAACGUGGUACACUUACCAGUGAACAGUUUGUUAAAGUAGCAUCAUGCAUACCCAAGGAACAACGAAAUUCACAUGACAGUUUGUUGCUUGCAUUGGAUGAAAUACUUAAAAAUGAGAAAUCCACACAAUUGACUUCUCACGAACGAGAAGAACUACUUAGUCAAGUAGACUUUUCUCGUGUUAAUGAAGAAACCAUUGCUGCAUGCAAAAGUAACCAGCUUAUUCCUCAACAAUUAAUUACCGACGCCGCAUUGGCUCUAUGCACUAAAUUACGAAAACAAUUGGAUGAUACACAAACUCGUCUUCAGCUAGUUGAACUUCAGAUGGGUAAAACACGACCAGCGUCAACAACAUCAACGUGUCCAAAACAUCGUUCAUCGAAUUUAAACUCUUCAUUUCGUCUUCCACCACGUUCGCGUAGCACUUUAUCAAAUAUGUAUGAAAUUCCUCGACGAAGUUCUAUAUACGCUCGUGAUAUCGACAUGGACUUCAUCUUACCUUCAAGAUAUCUUUCAUCAGCAUUAAGUAGCAGAUAUGGCUCAUACUCUUCUACUUAUCGUCCUUGA